AUGAUCGCGACGCACCUGGAGGGCCGGGCAGAUAACGAGAUCAAGAACUACUGGAACACGCACAUCCGCAAGAAGCUCCUGCGCAUGGGCGUCGACCCAGUGACGCACCAGCAACUACCACCCGACCAGAGCCACCACCACCUCAACGCCACCUCCAUCACCCACCUCCCCGAGGCACUUCUCUGGGCUGCGGCGGCCGUGAGCCUCGGCAGCCUGGACACCGGCGCCCUCAUGCAGGCGCAGCUCCUACAGCAGCUCCUCGGGGCCAUCGGAUCCAACUAUGGCACCAGUGGCCUCAUCGCCAACCUAGCUGCAGCAAACGCAAUGCAAAACUCAAGCGGUAGCAUGGUUCCGAACCUCCUGCUCCAGGACCAGAUGAACUGCCUGCAGCCGGGUUACCUCUGCAACACCUCCAAUUUUGCAGAGCAGCACGUGGUGCAGCAGCAGCAGCUGACCAAGACACGUCUCCAUGAGUGA